AUGAUGCAGAACUGUCCCAAGGAAGGCACGACUAACGGGGACAUGGUCGACUCUAGACGAAUGUACAUACUGCCCCAGAAGAACCACUUGUUAAGCUUGAUGACAAUACUUCGUGAUUCGAAUACUACCUCUACGAGAUUUGCGGAAGUGGCCGAAAAGGUAGGAGAUCAACUUAUCAGCGCGGCAUUGGACCUUCUUCCAUUUGAGGCUUCAACAGUCGUUAGUCCAACUGGCUCUUCAUAUCAUGGAGUGCGUGAGGCCUGUCUUUUAUGUGGUGUGAGCAUACUUCGUGCAGGCGCAAGUCUGGAAAAUGCACUUCGACGUGGAUACACCGGACCAUAUAAUUUCGGCAAGAUAUUGAUUCAGCGUGACGAGAAAACAUCGCUCCCAACUCUAUUCUACUCAAAGCUACCGCCAGAUCUCGCAUCUCGAAAGGUGAUAUUACUUGAGCCUAUGCUAGCUACGGGAGGCUCUGCAUGUGCAGCUAUUGACCUCAUUAAGAAUCACGGGGUUCCAGAGGAAAAUAUCAUCUUUGUCAAUAUUUUGGCUGCUCGAAAUGGAGUGGAAAAGUUAUUUGAAAGCUUCCCCUCGAUCAACCUCGUCACCGCUGCGGUGGAUGAAGAGCUUACACCAUCUAGCCACAUCAACCCAGGACUAGGAGAUUUUGGGGAUCGGUUCUACGGAACCGAAGAAUGA